AUGGGGCUCAACAUCAUCAGUCUUCAUGGAACUGCAAAUCAAAACGGCACCUCACUUUUAACCUACUGGACCUCUCCCACCACUUCUUGUUCUAAUCAGUAUUCCGUUAUUGAAAUAGUUCCACCCUAUAUUGGAGAAGGGGAUGAUGUUUUUCUACAUGCCCGAAAUUUGAGUCCGGGUACUUUCGCCUGGCACAGGAAUAGAGAUUUGUUUACACACGAACCACAAUAUAUUGGAUAUUCUUCAAGUGAUGGAGAAGUACAUUUUCCAGGGGAACGAUACACAGGCAAACAGAAACUAUACAACAAUGGAUCACUGUUCAUCAAGAAUGUUACUCUUAAUGAUGACGGACCAUACAACGUAUAUGAUAGCAAUGGUCGGUGUGCAUAUGUGAACCUACGGAUAUACCAUGGUCCAGAUGUCCCGAUCAUAUUCCCCUCAAAUAUUCAUUUUCAUUCAAGGACAAACCUCAGCCUCUCCUGCCACACAGAUGCUAACCCACUUCCACAGUACUCUCGGUUUGUCAAUGGAGAGCUCCAGUCAUUCUCCCAAAAGCACUUUAUCCCCAACAUCAAUACUAAUAAUAGUGGAUCCUCUAUCUGCCUCGUCUAUAACUAUUUCCCUGGAGUCAAUAGGACCACAGUCAAGAACAUUACAGUCCUUAGUCGGAUACCUGAACUUUCCAUCCGUGUCACUAACACCACGGUCAAAGAACUGAACUCUGUGUUCCUGACCUGCAUAAUAAAUGACAUGGACGACUGGAACAUGUCCCUCUUUUGGAUCCAUGAUGUGUCGUCAACCCAUUGGCUGUUCAAUGGCCAGAGACUGGGGCUCACAAACAGGAUGGAGCUAUCUGAUAAAAACAGGACCCUCAGCAUAGACCCUGUCAGGAGGGAGAAUUCCGGGGAGUAUCAGUGUGAGGUCUCCAAUCCAGUCAGUUCCAAGAGGAGUGACCCCAUCCGGGUGGACAUAAUUCCACUGGCCACUAUCCUGAAGACUGGCAUUCACACCUCUGUCAGGGUGACUCUCCAAGUUUGUCUCUCUUCUCUCUUAGCCUCUCCCACCACUGCCCACGUCACUGUGGAAGCAGUUCCGCCCCACGUUGCUGAAGGGAAGAAUGUUCUUCUACUUGUCCACAAUCUGCCAGCGACAGUGGAAGCCUUUUACUGGCACAAGGGAGAAACUGUCCAUGACAGGAAUGAAAUUGCAGGAUUUCUAAUGCCCAGUAAUACAAAUGAAACAGGGCCUGCAUACAGCGGCAGAGAGACCAUAUACCCCAACGGGUCCUUGCUCUUCCAGAACGUCACUCAGAAUGAUGCAGGAACCUACAUGCUAAACAUGAUCAUGGAAAACUAUGAUUAUGAGAGUGCAUCUGUGCAGUUCCAUGUACACCAGCCAGUGACUCUGCCCUUUAUCCGAGUCACCAAUACCAAAGUCAUAGAACUGGACUCUGUGUUUCUGAGCUGCUCUUCAAAUGACAUGGGGAUCUAUAUCAGUUGGUUCUUCGAUGACAUCUCCAUCCAAUGGCUCUUCAAUGGCCAGAGUCUGGGGCUCACGAAAAGAAUGAAGCUGUCCCAAAACAAUAGUACCCUCCACAUAGACCCUGUCAGAAGAGAGGAUUCUGGGAAGUACCAGUGUGAGCUCUCCAAUCCAAUCAGUUCCAAGAGGAGUGACCCCAUCAAGCUGGACAUACGCUCUCGUAAACUAGCCCAAGUCAAUAUUGAAGCAGUUCCACCCCACGUUACUGAAGGGAAGAAUGUUCUUCUACUUGUCCACAAUCUUCCAGGGAAAAGAGCUUGUUUGGAGGUUCUAGCAGGGGAGCGCAGCUACUCGUAUACCCUUGACCGAAGACCGGUCCUCCUCUAUUCGGGGAAGGUCGUCCUCUUCGACCGAGCGCGCAGCUUCGGGAGGGACGCACAUGGAGCGGUGAGGGAGGAAGGGGACACCCGCCUAGCCAGCCAGAUCAGCCGAAUCAACCCUGGCGAUCAAUGGGGUGACAGAUGUCGCAGCCAGAUCGCCCUCACAUCCUCGUCCUUUUAG